UCGUCAAGACUUCCGAACUCCAAAAGGAAAAGUUUGACAGAAGACUUUUUAUCAGUCGCAAAUUUUAUCAGGAGACCUUAGAAUUGAUACUUUAAUAAGAAAUAUCAAAGCAAAUACAGCCAACAUACAAUUCCCAAGUGACUUAUAUAAUGUCUAGUGGUAGUGGACCUUCAGGUGAAGCAACUAUUAUAAAAGUUGGCUGGCUGCAAAAGAGAGGUGAAUAUAUAAAGAACUGGAGACCAAGGUAUUUUCAGUUAUGGAGUGAUGGUAGUUUUAUUGGAUAUAAAGAAGUGCCUAAAGGCAAGGACGUUGUUCCAUUAAACAACUUCACUGUAGCUGAAUCUCAGAUAUUAAGAGCUGAUAAGCCAAAAAGUAACUGCUUCCAAUUGAGGUGUCUGCAAUGGACAACAUUUGUAGAGAGGAUUUUCCAUGUUGACACACAUGAAGAAAGAGAAGAGUGGAUUGAUGCUAUCCAAAAAGUGAAAGAACAGGUGAAAAAGAGUCAGUCAGUAGCAGAUCCACAACAAGAUGAAACCUCACAAAAAUUGACAUUGGAUAGCUUUGCAAUGUUGAGAGUUCUUGGGAAAGGCACAUUUGGAAAGGUUAUGAUGGCACGACUGAAGAGUACUGGAGAAAUAUUUGCUUUAAAGAUUUUGAAAAAGGAUGUUAUUAUUGCCAAGGAUGAAGUAACACAUACAUUAACAGAAAACAGAGUGUUGCAAAUGUCAAAGCAUCCAUUCUUAACAGAGCUAAGGUACUCAUUUCAAACUGCAGAUCGAUUGAUCUUUGUGAUGGAGUAUGUCAACGGUGGYGAGCUAUUUUUUCAUUUAUCAAAAGACCGAGUAUUUUCRGAAGAACGGUCAAAGUUUUAUGGUGCAGAGAUGACUCUUGCCCUCAAAUAUUUACAUGAUCACCAUAUUGUUUACAGAGAUUUGAAGCUGGAAAAUCUUCUUCUURACAGUGAUGGUCAUAUUAARAUCACAGACUUUGGUUUGUGCAAAGAAGAGAUUGCUUUUGGUGCAACAACCAAAACCUUUUGUGGCACACCAGAAUAUCUAGCACCAGAGGUAUUAGAGGACAAUGACUAUGGCCGUAGUGUUGACUGGUGGGCUCUUGGUGUGGUCAUGUAUGAAAUGAUGUGCGGAAGACUACCUUUUUAUAACAGAGAUCAUGAAGUUCUCUUUGAGCUCAUUCUUACAGAAGAUGUCAAGUUUCCCUCAAGGAUAUCAGACAAAGCCAAAUCACUACUCGCUGGUUUGUUGUGUAAAGACCCUACUGUAAGGUUGGGUGGCCAGGUUGAUGAUGCUAAAAAUGUCAUGGCACAUCAAUUCUUUGAAAACACCAAUUGGGAUGACAUCUAUCACAAAAGGAUAAAGCCACCAUUCAAGCCUGUUAUCAAGUCUGAAACAGAUGUGUCUAAUUUUGAUGAAGAUUUUACUAGUGAACCAGUUCGUCUUACACCUCCAGAAGAUCACUUGGCCAGAAUCGCAGAAGAUGAAGAAGACACCUCAUUUGAAAAGUUCACCUACAUACCAAACUCAAACCUUACAUCAUGAUAAUUAUACAGUCUGAACAAUCUUACCUCACUGUAGUAACAUCAUGGAUGAUAAACAUACCAGUAGCCAUAUACUUAGAAAAUCCAUGUUGGUUUGUCUUAUAAUAGUUAGACAUCCACUUAAUUUGUUUAGCAUAAGACCAAUAUUUUUUUGAGUACYAUAAAAGUCUUAUUUUUAUACAUACUGUUGAUAAAACAUUUAAAAUGUUUGAUGCCAUAAAAUUCUAAUAAAUGUAAAUUUUGAUGGAAUCAUUUGGAAUAGAUUUGCAAUUGAUUUAAAAGGAAAAUGCCAAGAAUAUUCAAAUUCCAAAUGUAGCAAAUAUAGUGCUUUUUGUAUUUUUCUGUCUUGUUAGGUUGUGGUAGGUUCAGGGAUAAUUUUUGGAAUUUUAUGGUUUCUAAAUGAAUGGGCCAAUAAUAUUAAUUAGAAUCUUUAAAUUAAUGAUCCAAAUAGUUACCAAUGGUUCAUAUGAGAUUAAAGUUUUUUUUUUCGUAGUUAUUUUAAUAUACAAGUUGUUAACACUAUUAAAUGAUAAUUACGCUUUGUGAAUAUGAUAAAAAGGGGGUUCUGUGUGUACCGCAAUGUAUURUGGUCCUUACGAGUAGUAGUAGAAAGUAGUAAGUCCUUACGAGUAGAUAUUGUGCAGCUUCUACUCAAUGGUUUUGAAUGUGAUGUUUACGCUGUACUUACACACAGAAAGGACACAGUAGUGUUCAGUCCCAUCCRUGCUAUCUAGUAUACUACCAUAAUUAUAUUAUUUUAUAAUAGUUGUAACUCUUUCUAUUCGAGUCAUUUCUUCAAAUAUUUUGUAAGUAUUUAAAUAAAGUCCUAUUGAUCAGUAACUUGGUUUUUCAAAUAAAGCAAAACCAAUAUUGUAAUGAA